CUUUACCGAACAUCAGAUUAUCGAGAUGAUCUCUGUCGAGCAACUCGAUGGCUUGAAGGUCGACUACACUUGAGCCCACGAUCUCGGCCUAUUGCUCGUAAACGAUCCCCAUCGGCACCACGAUUUACAGCGGACUAUCGAUCACGGAGGGCAGUGAACGAUUCGUCGGGAUCCAGCUACGGCAGUGGUAAUAAUGGCGGUACCGGUCGUAUGGGACGAAGUCCGAGCAUCACGGGAAGGUCACCGGAUCAUCCCGGUCGGAACGGUAUUGAGCAGGGCAAUAUGGGUAUGCCAGAUAAAACGGAAAUGGAAGCUAUGUUGCGUGUGGUCAAUGACGCCUGUCGAUUCAUGGAUAUGAUUCCGCCAGGAUCAACGAUUCCAACAAAUUCUACCGACCCUCUAAUUUGGGAGGAAAUCAAAUUUACUGAGCACACACUGAUGCUCAGUUCCAAUUCGCUCCUGAUAUCCGAAGAACCAAUUCAACGACUAGGAACCGUGGUCCCGGUCCGAUUUAAACAAAGCAUGCCAUUGACGCAGGUUUGGUGUCACGUGAUGAGUGUUCAACCAACCUCAGGCAGCACGUCCGGGUCCGCGGAUUGGAUCAAAUCCUCAGCCAAUAUAUUGACAAUCCCAAAAGCCACAGUCACACGGUUCGGCAAAUUGGCCGGAACCACGUUUGAUGGAUUGGCCAGUAAAAUGAACGCGAACACAGGUGAUGCACAGUCAGACGGUCGAACACCUCGACCAGAUGACAGCCAGAUAGUGCGACUUGUGUGGAUCGGGUGUCCACCAGUUCACAACUGGUUGUUACAAUUUCAUAAAGACUCCAUUGGGGACCGUUGGGUUACAUCAUUGCAAGAAACGCUUCUACAAAACCAGCAAGUUCUUGAAGGUCGAUCUCUAUGUGUGAAAAUUUUGAACGAAGUAACAGACAAUCAGGUUGUUUACAAAUAUCACCACGUGACAGUUAACACUUCCGUAAAUGAGCUCAAAGAAAAGGCGUUGAUCUCGAUGAAUAUAAAAGGUCAUCAUGAUUGCCACAUGCUCGUUCGAUAUCAUCCAACUGCGGACGAGGAACGGGACUUCCUUUUGACCGAUGAACUGCGUGAAUCCCAGCCCGGUCCCGUCGAUCUGGAAACAUUUGUGCGUCAAUUGCCUUCCAAUGAUCCAAUCAUACCGCGAGAUCAAUUACGCGUUGAAUUCGUUUUGCAUGCUCGAAGCAGUUCGUCCGUGAAACACGGUAAAAGGCCUCGACACAGCGGGAUGGUCAAGCCUUCUGAUUUGAAAAAAGGCAGUCCAAGCGCUACCAAUGCCGCUCGAGCAGCGAAAAAUCGUGGAAAAAUGCGCGAGAAGACCAAAUCGACCGCGCAGUUGAACACGAUCAACCCAGUUGCGGCACCGAACACGUUUCCAUUACGCGGAUCUAGAAGUAUGGGUUCUUUAAACACGACCGUAAAAGCCGGGGAAAUUUUCGGGCAGGUCCCGGAAGAACUCUGGCCGGAACCUUGUCUGCCUCAAUCACUGAUGAGUUUAUUUGUGAUUGUGUAUUACACCGGUGUGAAUGUGGAAGGCAUAUUCCGUCGAACCGUGGUCAAUCGGAAUAUCUGCGCUAUGCGUGACAAGGUGGACGAGAAUGAACUGAUUACACCCAGUAUAUGCCCACCGAUCUUGGCUGCAUGUGUCCUGAAAAAGUUCUUCCACGAAAUACCCUCUCAUGUGCUUGGUGAUGAGAAUUGGGAUGAUUGGAUGGAGAUCAUUCGUAUGUCCAACUUCGCUGAACGUGCAAAGGAGGUACAACGGUAA